CUCAUUCACUAGACAAAAGGAGGUCGUUUAGGAUUUGGCCUUAGGGUUUAUGUUUUGAAAGUGGAGGACAUUUUAAAGUUUACACCCGAUUCAAUUCAGUCAAAGGUGAGUCAUCUUUGAACAAUUUAUUGUUUCAUCAAUGUUUUAUACAAUUUACAGAGUUUUUCUUCAUGCGAUUGGUACAUCUGUUAGGAUUAUUUCACAAUUCCCUGGAUCCCGUUUUGUUCAACUCGGCACAUUUGCAUCAGCACCAACAAACAAAUCAAAACCCAGAUUAGAAAAUGAAAAUCAAGAAAAUUUUACGGUUAACUACCUCAUGAACGCAUUGGGGUUUUCGCCAGAAAAGGCUCUUUCAGCCUCCAAGUACGUGCAUUUUGAUUCCACAGAAAAACUCGACGCGGUUAUCGCAGUGUGGAAGAGUCAUGGUUUUACGGUAGAAGAAAUCGCACAUAUGGUGAAAAGGAGCCCCUCAAUUUUAGUAUGUGAUCCUCAGAAGACUAUUUUGCAGGAAAUUGAGUUUUUCCGGUCGUUAGGCAUGCCUGAGAGUGACAUGGUGAGUAUUUUCUGUGGGGCGCCUAAUACUUUCAAGAGGAGUUUGGAGAAACAAAUAAUACCAUCUUAUAAUUAUAUUAAGAGUUUGUUCGAGUCGAAUGGGAAAAGUUUUGGUUCAAUGAAACGCUUAGCUGAGAUCUUCUGUUGUGAUCUUCAAUUUCAGUUGUUGCCUAAUAUUGAAGUUCUAAGAGAGGCUGGAGUCCUUGAAUCGAAAAUUGUGGAAUUGUUGCAAACCCAGCCAAGAACACUGAUGGUAGGAAGGGAGAGGUUUAAAAAGGUUGUCGAGGAAGUUAAGGAGCUGGGGUUUAGACCAUCGACUCCGAAGUUUAUUGUAGCAGUUCAUGCGAUGAGGUCGAUGAAUAAAUUGACUUGGGAGAAGAAGGUGGCGCUUUAUAAGAAGUGGUGGUCGGAAGGUGAGAUUAUCUCGGCAUUCGAGAAGCAUCCUUAUUGCAUGAUGAUAUCCAGAGAUAAUAUAACCACGAAAAUGGAUUUUCUUAUAAACAAGAUGGGGUUUGAAUCUUCUUACGUUUUGAAUAGGCCUGUACUACUUUCAUAUAGUUUAGGGAAUAGGAUUAUCCCCAGAUGUUCUGUUUAUAAAGUUUUGUUGGAGAAAGGUUUGAUCAAUAAGGUCAAGGUCUCAAUGUUGGUAUAUCCGGAAAAGGAGUUUUUACGGAGAUAUGUGCAUCGCUAUGAGGGGGAAGUUCCUGGGCUCUUGAAGCUAUAUGAGAAAAAAUUGGCUCUUUCAAAGAUUUAGCGAAUAAAUUGAUGUCCUGGAUGUUAAUUAUUUAUGAAUUUUGAGGUUUUGUGUUAAGUGCAACACAUUCAAGCCAUUAUUUUUUACCAUGACAAGUUGAAGUAGAAUGUUACUGAUGUUUUAUACUUGAUGAUUCAUUUCCACGUCUUAAGCUCUCAAGUUGUAGUAAAGAAAUAUUCUGGUUUUACGAUAUGUCUUGCUUGCUCCUUGCUGCAUCUGAUGGUACCCGUAAUAAAGGCAGCACGGUAUUCCCACUUCCACUCGGAUGCUGAAAUAUUAUGAAGUUUGAGUAGAGAGGAUAGCAUGGGUAAAAGUAUAUCCGGCAAGUAACUCGUUUUUCUAUUAGAUCUCAAGUAAUCUUGGACUUUGGUUGAGAUAUAAUUUACUUUUAGGUCUUAUCAAAUUAUCUUGAUCUUUUAAAUUGUCGUCCUCGUCUCAUAUAUUGUAGGUGGAGCUUGUACGAGUCAAAGAGUCUUUAUUGUCCUAUUGGACUUUCCUUUCUUCGUGGGCUCGCCUCUAUAUUGAAUUUCCAUGAUGUAGCCUUAGAUAUUGUUAGGAUGCUGGCCUUGGCUUGAAACAAAUCUUCACAGUGUCAAUUUUAUCCCUAUCAUAUCCAUAACAUCUUUAUUUUUUAACCUUUUUAUUCGAGGAAGUUGCUUACGUUGGGUUUUA